UUAAAAAAUGAAACAAGCGUAUAUUUAUUUACUAGUUCUGACAGUGCAGAAACAAAAAACAGUCCCAAUCCCAGUAAUCCCACAUUAGUGAUUGAUACGAUUAAUAAUCGAACGUUCAAUUAAAAAAUGGUUAGUCACUUUGGAGAAGUAAUAUUUCCAUCAUCACGAGCAUUUUGGGAUGACGAGGAUGAAUAUGAACCAACUGAUAAUAUAGAACAUUCUCUGAAGUUAUCUGUUCGCUGGUUGAAAGAUAAACCAAAAUGUAUACAAAAGUUUAUCAUAAUUGAAGGAGAUCCGUUAAUUCCACUUGUGGAACAAUGUUUGUGUCCUAAAAUGGAAGAAGCAUGUAUCAUAGAAGAUGAAAAUCAUAAAAAAGUUUCAGUUAUUUAUCAAAUUGACAAGCAAAUAUAUGUUUGUGUAAUUUUACCACUGUUUGAUACAAAAAAUGCAGGAAAAUAUGUAAAUCAGAUACAUGACUUGUUGCUAAGUUCAGAGAGCAUAGUUUCAAUACUGUGUUGUCAUGUGUCACAAUUUCAGAGUACAAACGUCCCAGAGACUGCUUCGUUUUUAAAAAUAUUGACUACCAAAACGAUGAAUGUUAAAAAAUAUGGAAUUGAACCAUUGGAACAACCAAAUAUUGUAUUUGGAGUUGGUGCAGGAGUCUUGUCCUAUGCUGAAUUCACUGGCAAACCAGCUAAGUUAUAUAUAUUGUAUAUCGACAGUUUUGUGUUAGACUCCAAAUGUGCAGAACCAAUUUUACAAGUUUUAACUGAUGAAAUACGCUGUGAAUUACAACAACCCAAAUUUUUGGAAAAUCCUUUUAGUAAAGGCAAUCUUUACAUGUGAAACGUUCU